AUGAAAGGAAGUCGAAUUGGACGACAGCCAAAUGCCGUUAAAUUCCACUGUGCUAUGGAGAUUCGCCAGCUGCAGGCGAUGCGCGCCUUUGCGACCACUCCUACGCUUUCUGACCCUGAAAGCUCAUCAAGCUGGAUGCUUCAACUUGGCAGCGUUAACACCGGAAAUUCA